AUGGAAGCUCACAGAACUCACGCUGAUUAUUCCAAUUUUGAGCUUACUCUGAAGGUAGACACUCUUCAGAGUGUGAUCGAAUCCUACGGGGCGCUAUCUUCUCAGACGAGGAAUUGGGUCGCUAAUUUGGCAAAUGCUUCCUCCCUCCUUUGGCAUGCCUACCAACUGCUCAAUAUCCCCAUUAACUGGGCAGGAUUUUAUGUUGUUGACCCAAAGCAAGACGACCAGCUUAUUCUUGGUCCAUUCCAAGGGAAAGUAGCGUGUCAAAUGAUCAAAUUUGGUAAGGGUGUGUGUGGCACCGCGGCGGCUCGCAAGGAGACCCAGCUAGUUGAUGACGUAACAAAGUUUCCUGGUCAUAUAGCAUGCGAUGGCGAGACCAAGAGCGAGAUUGUUAUUCCAAUCGUCGUAAAUGAUAAAACGGUUGGGGUGUUGGACAUCGAUUGUUUGGUAUCUGAGGGCUUUGAUAUACAAGAUGAAGAAAUGUUAGAGACUUUGGCGAGGGUCAUUGCUUCAUCCAGUGACUGGUAA